GGAGGAGGAGGAGGGCGAGCUGAUCCUUAGUCGGUGUGUGAGGGAACAGACGAAGUAGAGACCUGCUCACACACAGACACACACUCACACACACACUUUCGCUCUCUCUCUCUCUCCCUCUCACUCUACUCUCUCUCUCUCUCUUUCUCUUGCGAUCGGAGCUAGAGGGGACGGGAAGGGAAGAAUGAGGAAGAAGCCCGCUGUCCUGCGCGCCUCGUCCCAACAAAUGCGGGUUUGCUGAUAAAGCGCCGCUCCGGUCAUCCGAUCAGAAAGGUCGUACAGGUCGCAUGGAAACGAGGAGUAGGCAACACCAGAAAACAACAAAUAAAAAGCUGUCAGUGCAUGGGAAUCCGGACUCCUCUCCCCUUCUUUUGUGCGUCUCGGUCGGUGGAUACGCUAGCGUAUAAGAGCUCCCUGCGUCUCCAUUACCAUUCCCCACUACUGGCUUACCUCUACUACUACUCCUCCUCCUCUUACUCCUUGCAUUGCUUCUAUUAUUAGUGCUGAUUUUACUACUGACUGUCUUCUCCGGAUUGUUGGAGUCUCUCUGGAUAAAAAAGGUUCGACAUCCUCAUUAAUUGUCACUCCGCAGUACUGGUCUGGACGUCAACAUGGGCCGCUGGGAUCACUCCUCCCUCCUGUCCCCUGGCCUGAGGCUAGCAGUUGUCACAGUGAUUCUCCUCCUCAAGCUCCAUCCCUCAUUGGCUGGCGCUCCCCCUGAGCCGAACUUAGGUGGCUCCGUUUCAGCGGUGUCCACAAAUAAAACUGAAUGCAGCAAGCCUGAAGCAUGUGCAAGGGGGGUGAUCUUACCUAUCUGGGAGCCCCAAAAUCCGUCAUUUGGUGACAAGGUAGCCCGGGCAACAGUUUACUUUGUGGCUCUAGUCUACAUGUUCCUGGGUGUGUCAAUCAUCGCAGACCGCUUCAUGGCGUCAAUAGAGGUCAUCACAUCACAGGAAAAGGAGAUCACCAUCAAGAAACCCAACGGGGAAACCACCACGACCACUGUUCGGAUCUGGAACGAGACCGUCUCCAAUCUCACCCUCAUGGCUCUGGGCUCUUCAGCUCCUGAGAUCUUGCUGUCCGUCAUAGAAGUCAUAGGUCAUGGGUUCAACGCUGGCACACUGGGCCCCUCCACCAUUGUGGGCUCUGCAGCGUUCAACAUGUUUGUGAUCAUCGGGCUUUGUGUGUACGUCGUGCCCGACGGCGAGACAAGGAAGGUCAAGCACCUCCGCGUCUUCUUCGUCACGGCCACCUGGAGUAUCUUCGCCUACAUUUGGCUCUACCUGAUCUUGUCCGUGAUCUCGCCUGGCGUUGUGCAGGUCUGGGAGGGGCUCCUCACGUUCUUCUUCUUCCCCAUCUGUGUGUUGUUCGCCUGGGUGGCUGACCGUCGCCUGCUGUUCUACAAGUACGUGUACAAGCGCUACCGCACCGGCAAGCAGCGUGGCAUGAUCAUCGAGACCGAGGGAGACCGUCCACUUCCUUCCAAGGUGGACAUUGAGAUGGAUGGGAAGAUGCUGAACUCUCAUGGUGUCGACUUCUUGGAUGGUCCGCUGGGUUUGGAUCUAGAUGAGAAGGAUCUGGAUGAGGAGGAGACCAGGCGAGACAUGGCCAAGAUCUUGAAGGAGCUUAAACAGAAACACCCUGACAAAGAGGUGGAACAACUCAUUGAGCUUGCCAACUACCAAGUCCUGAGCCAGCAGCAGAAGAGCCGUGCUUUCUAUCGAUGCCAGGCCACUCGGCUGAUGACAGGUGCUGGCAACAUCCUGAAGAAACACGCAGCCGAUCAGGCACGAAAGGCUGUCAGCAUGCACGAGGUUCGCUCUGAUGCUGGUGAUAACGAUCCCAUCUCUAAGGUCCUUUUUGAGCCCGGUUCCUACCAGUGCCUUGAAAACUGCGGCACGGUGGCGGUGAACGUGGUGCGACGUGGUGGCGAUCUGGGCAAAACGAUUUCCGUGGAGUACCGCACAGAAGAUGGCACGGCUAAUGCUGGCUCGGACUACGAGUUCACAGAAGGCGUCGUGGUCUUCAAGCCCGGCGAGACGGUGAAGGAGAUCCGCGUGGGAAUCAUUGACGAUGACAUCUUUGAAGAGGAUGAAAACUUCCUGAUUCACCUUUCCAGUGUCAAGGUGCUGACGUCAGAAGGCGAGGAACCCGAGGAAGGCGAGUCAGCCAAUCACGUGGACUCGGUGGCGUGUCUCGGCUUACCCUCCACAGCAACCGUGACCAUCUUUGACGACGACCACGCCGGCAUCUUUACGUUUGAGGAGCCUGUAUGCCACGUGAGCGAGAGUGUUGGCACCAUGGAGGUGAAGGUGCUGAGAACGUCGGGGGCUCGCGGCGUUGUCAUGCUGCCGUACAAGACGGUGGAGGGAACAGCACGAGGAGGCGGGGAGGACUUCGAAGACACUCACGGCAUCCUGGAAUUUCAGAACGACGAAAUCUUGAAGACCAUAACCAUUAGGAUCUUAGACCGGGAGGAGUACAAUAAGCAGUCCUCCUUCUACCUUCUGCUUGAAAACCCCGAAUGGAGACGCAACGGGAAGGAAUGGACAGAGGAUCAAAAGAAGGAAGAGGAGGAGGAAGAAGAGCCGCUGGCAGGAAAAGAUGAAGAGGAGAGGCGCAUCGCCGAAAUGGGCCGUCCGAUGCUGGGUGACCACGUCAAACUGGAGGUCAUCAUAGAGGAGUCAUAUGAGUUUAAGAACACAGUGGACAAGCUGAUAAAGAAGACCAACCUGGCUCUGCUGGUAGGAACCAACAGCUGGAGAGACCAGUUCAUCGAAGCCAUCACUGUGAGCGCAGGCGAGGACGACGACGAUGAGGAGUGUGGAGAGGAGAAGCUGCCGUCAUGUUUCGACUACGUCAUGCACUUCCUCACCGUCUUCUGGAAGGUUCUGUUCGCCUUCGUCCCGCCAACAGACUACUGGAACGGCUGGGCCUGCUUCGUCGUCUCCAUCUGUAUGAUCGGACUGCUCACCGCCGUCAUUGGGGACCUGGCCUCUCAUUUUGGCUGCACAGUGGGCCUGAAAGACUCGGUCACAGCAGUAGUAUUUGUUGCGUUGGGAACCUCUGUGCCAGAUACCUUUGCCAGUAAGGUAGCUGCGAUCCAGGAUCAGUAUGCUGACGCAUCCAUCGGCAAUGUGACAGGCUCCAACGCUGUCAAUGUUUUCCUGGGCAUCGGGGUGGCGUGGUCCAUUGCUGCCAUCUACCACAAUAGCAAUGGGAGAGAGUUCAAGGUAGAUCCAGGCACACUGGCCUUCUCCGUCACACUCUUCACCAUCUUUGCCUUCAUCUCCGUCGCUACACUGAUGUACCGGCGGCGACCAGAGAUCGGUGGAGAGCUGGGCGGGCCCCGGACUUCGAAGGUCCUGACCACCAUGCUGUUCUUCAGCCUGUGGCUCCUCUACAUCCUCUUCUCCUCGCUGGAGGCCUACUGCCACAUCCAGGGCUUCUAAGAUAACGGGAGAUGAUGAAGGGAAGGGUGAAGAAGAACACAGAGGAAGGAAACCAAGGGGAGGUGGAUGAAUGGAUGGAUUUGAAAAUUAAGGCUGUCUCAUUGAUCUAUCACUCCCUCCCUUUACGCAAUAGAUUGAAUGACAAAUGACUGGAUGGAUGUACAGAUGAAGGAAUGAAGGAUGCAUUAAAGCAUCUUAAAACAGAAAUGGAAGGAAGAACGGAUGCAUGGAAGGACAACGACAAACAGGAAAAUCAUAGGAGCUAGAGAAAAGGCUCAGAAGAUGGAAAAAGGAAUAAACUACAAGGAAUACAUUUUUGUCUCGAUCUAUAAAUCCGAACCAAUCAAGUUGUCUUAAACCCAUCCCCAUUUUAAAAUCAUAAAACAAAAUCCCCAAAUGUGUCCCAGCCAGUUCAAUCAUACAAAUUUCAAAAUGAGUUUCAACAAGACCCGGAGCGAAAAGGUUAAACAGACCAUCGCACCAUCACUGCUCCUAGAAUAUGUGGCUUCAACAACAGCAAUUCCCAUUAAUCCCACCUCCAGUCGGAGCAGUGCUACCCCAGCGUCCAACUACAGUAACAGGCAUGAGUGAGACAGAAAAAGACUAGAAUAACUGUAUCAGUAUGUAGAUGCAUGACCAGACGAUAACUGAAAACACAAUCAAGAAGAAACGGGAUAUAUUGCCACAACUGUUUAAUGACAACAAACUGUGUGUGUGCCGGUGUGUGAUUGUGUGUUUCUGUGCUUGUGUGUGUCGUGGGAAGAUGGUCAAGUACUGUGAACAACAACAAAAACAAAACAACAACAACAAAAAAAGAAAAAAAAAAAGAAAACGCCUCUCGUUUUUGCCGCCGCUGCGUGAGACGGAACAUGCUUUUCGUAUAUUCGAGGUCUUUUUGACUGUCUGUAGGAAAGCUGAGGAAGCCUCUUUUGUGGGAGGGCACAUUCAAUGAAGCAAAAUGUUGAGGUUAGAAAUGUAAAUACAUAGAGCUGAACGUACAUUACGGCUCCACUAUUUUCCUUCUGAAUGUCUCGGUUACGCCAUGCGCUCCUGAUCGGGCCCUCUUUCUUUCUUUCUCUCUCUCUCUCUCUCUCUCUCUCUGUUGCUUUAUACUGUAGAUGUAAAUGAUUUAAGGUCUAAUUUGAAAUCAAGAAGGGGUUAGUGUGCUUUUACCUUUAAUAAGGCCGUGUCAGAGAAGACAAAGUGGCCACUCUACCGUUUAAAACUGUUAGAGAAACUAUUAUCAUUGCAUAGAUAUUUAGAUUAAUCUUACGUGUUUGUUUGGGUUUUUUUUUUUUUUUUAUAAAAUUGUGGAAUUCUGCUACCUGGUUUUCCACCAAUGAGAUUGCCAAGAUCACGUGUCGGCUGUAACAUUGCAAUAGACUUAGGUACCGCCCUCUGUGAAACCUCCAUAGGCUUGUUUGUUUCUGUCAUCGUUUAUCUCACUUUGAUGCCCGCUUUCCCAUUGGUUCACUCAACAGCUUUGGUCAGUAUCUCCGUGUGUCUUAAGCACCUCCCCUUGGCUGGUCAGUGGACCAAUCAAAAUCCUCAAGGGCUUUGUAAGAAACAACCACUAAUCCCCCAACCCUGACCCUUGAUUUAUAACUCUUCACAUAGAUCGGUUUUUAGGGGGCUAUUUAACAGCGUAUUUGUAUUCCUUAGACUUGUACACCAACUGCGAAGUGGUUAGGACGUUGCUUCAGUGUGGCUUUAGGAGAAAAAUAAAAAAAGAUGACAACUUCAUUGAGUGCAUACAUUGCCAGGCAGAUGAUCCAUAGUUACCUAAAUAUUGAUAUUGGACAAAGCAUCCCUAUGAUCCAAAGUGCUUGGUCAGAUGAGUCUUCAACCUUCGUUGGAGUCUUCCCCAGUUGAUCAUAAAGACUGCCUCUAAAACUGCAGUCAGCCUUAUUCCAAAUUAAAACAUCCAUGCAAUGUUCUGUCGUAGGCCGCCUCCACUCAUUAUGCUUAUCAUUAUGCUUCUUAAACAUACUACCCUUCAGGCAUGUGGAUCUUAACCCAAAAGAAGCAGUGAACAUCUGUCAUUAUAUUGUUUUGUUUAGCUGCCAAGUUUCUGAACAUAGGAGCCAUCAGAUGCAGGAUUAGUUGAAAAGUUUCAUUUGCUGUUGGAGUUGAAGUAGGCUUACUAACAGAUACGGGUAAAUACUGUUGUACUACAGUAGCCCUGUAGGGACAUCAUGCAGAGGAUAUAUAUAAUCUCACACAGCCAGACUCGAGAUCAGCAAGCUCGUAGAGACUGGAGACAGUUGUUUUACACUUAGAAAAUGACCCUGUAGGUCCUGUAUCACAAAAUGAGUUAAACGUAGUCAGGCUCCCUUACAAAGUAGGACAAAAGGAGCAUGUUUAAUAUGAGAUGAUAUACUUUAGGAUCAUUAUCUGACUUGGGUAUGUUAAAAUAUCUUCUCUUUACUAUACAAGUUACCUUAUGCUUCUACCUAGUGGCAGAAAUUGCGUAGUGCAAAGAAGAGCUACAUUGGUCCAGUCGCCGUUGUGUAUCAGAACAAGACAGGAAUUAAAGACGGUACAAUUAUCCAACAGUAAAUGUUAUUUAUUGCUGAAAGCUAUAUGCCCAUUAAGCUUCCGGUAAUGCCAAAGGUCCUUCUAUGAAGCCAGAAGUAGAUGUUUUCAUUUUGUCUGAUGUAAUAAUCACAGAAAGCAAAGUGAUUUCUCCUGGUGCACAUCGUUCUGUCUCACUGAUCUCACUUUAUGAUACAGGCAAAGAUUUAUCCGUAGUGUAACUGUGUUGGUUUUGAAGUAGAUUAACACACAUUGUCUCAGCCCUAACUGAAUUUUUUGGCUUGAAUUUGACCAAACGUCUGUGUGCGUGACGGAUCAGUUUCUGUCUUGAAAAUUGUGUUUUUUCGAAAACACUAGCUGUGCCGUUUCAGGCUACCAGACAUGAUCUCAUGCAACAGCUAAGCUUCUUUGACAACCCUUAGUCAUGGACAAACAACUCUCGAAUACUAACCUUUCAGUGAGCCACAGAUGCAAACAGACUGGCUGGGAAUCUUCUUUCAUGAUUCAGUCAUAAACAGAAUUAAAUCCUGAUAAUAUUUCUAUUUGUAUUUCUGUCCAAACAAAAUAUGUGAAAGUGGCCCUGACCUGAAAUCUGUUUAGAAUAUGAAACUUGACUGAGAGGUUUACACUUCAGACUGUUAACUUUGCUCGUUCAGCCAAAACUACAGAGAUCAGAAAACUUACUGUUUAUGUAGGCAUUCAAGUCCAUAGUUUGUUGAAUGGCACUAUACUAUAUGCAUCUAAAUUGGCCAGAAUUUUCCUGCUGAUGUUGUGUUUUUUUUACUUGAUGUAUAAUAUAAUAAGUAGUAUUUUAAAUGUCAUCUGUAAAGUAAGUAGUCUGGGCUAGAUGUGAUCCAUUUAAAACUUGGCAAAAGUCUUUUUACAGACAGCUUUCAACCCCCUGUGAGAGAGUAGAGGUGAGCAGAGCCCUGGAUUGGACGAGUUUGGCAAAUCCACAGUAUCUUGAGGAUGACCUAUAUCAAAGUUCUAGGUUGUUGUAAUCUGGGAUGUAUUACUGAUUCACCACCUGGAACAGAGAGCCACUCCGGACUGACUGAAAAGUUCAGGAGGUGAUGCUGCGUAGAGGUCGAACAACAAGGCCUGCAUACUGAACUGUGUCCCAACUCACAAAUCUAAUAAAUGCUCUGUACCAUGCGGAGCUUCUUCUUCAUGUUCAGCACCAAAUGUUGCACAAUUUGGGAACAGAUUAAACAAUAAAACAUUCCAAAAUUGAAUUAGACAACAGUAUAAAUGAGAUUUUACUUGUAUUUGCCAAACUCUGUGCCAUGCCAGGCUCUCCGUUAGAGUAGUAGUUGUCUCGUGAAGGCCUUGGAGUGGCAGUUUACCCCUGUUUUGCCAAAGGGAAAUCUUUCUAUCAGAUAUUUACAGUCCAACCUGUAAAGGAUUUUCUAACCAGUGGAUCUUUCUUAAAACACCAAAUAUUAUUCAUAUUUCAUUCAACACUCUGAAAAGAGACAAAAAAAAAAUGCCUUGAUGUUGUUUUAACCUAACCAGAAAUCUUUCUAUUUAAAUUUGUAUGCAUUUGUCUCUUCACUGGCAUGGAGCUAAAGGUUUAUACACUGUAAAAAGUUAUGCUAGCUUGCGCAAAACAAAAAAGAAAAAACAAAAAAGAAAUAACAUUGUGGGAGCUGUUUGCAUCGUUUUUGAGUAACUUCAACAGGGUAUGAAUUAUCUUUGAGAUUGCUAAAUCAUGUUGGACUUACUUAAAAUGUGCCUGCUGCCUAUUUUGUCAGAGUGAACUUGUGCAGGAAUGAAAAGCUUGCAGUAAGUAGUGUAGUUGUUUGCAUCAAAUUAGUUUGCUGCACAAUUUUUUUUUUCCAGAAGCUGACAUAUUUCAUUGAUGGGAAGUGAGUUCUUUUGCUACACCGGCUUUGUUGCGACGCCUCUUAGUGUAUCUGCCUUGACUUGAAAGGUAGUCUGACGUGAAGAUAAUGGCCAAUGACCAAGGUGGAAAGCUAAACACAGCACACAAAAUGUUAAACUGUGGCUCGAUCGUAAGUACCCAACCAAGUUCUUUCUCUUCUAAAGCGACUUCUUCUCACACUAGGACUUGAAUUUAGCUUCCUGCCUUGGUUUCGACUUUUCAGGUUUGAAGGGUCAAAGGUUAGCCGAGCCACCGCUGUAAAUAUAACACUAAGAGCAAGCGAGGAAAAGAAAAAUGAGCUGUAGACGACAGUCAUUUUUUUAAAAAACAUUCUUCUGUGGUGGGUUUAAAGAAGUGGGUUUUAAAUGAAGGAUAUAUUGCACUGGUUCUUGUCGCUUAUGUGAAACGGCUACUAUGUUGAUUCAUUGAGAGCAUUAACAGAGUUGCUUCUGAUGUCAACAACAACAGAUUUCGUUGUGUUGUUUGUUUGUUUUUGUUUUUUUUGGCGCUGAUGUACACAAUAAUAAUGUUGUACCUGAUGUUGAAAAAAAAAAAAAGAAAAUCCAACGGUGUUGAAUCAGUUGUGAACCAUUAACGACGUUGCUUCAAAUGUAAAGAUUGACGACGCGUUUUUUUUUUUUCCGUUGCCUCGUUCACUUUUUAACUGACUGACUGUCUGUCCGACAGACUGAGGAAUAAAUUAAUGCAACAACCGAGCGAGACAGACAGACAAAGCAACAAACGAAGAAAAGUGAAGGACAAACACCCCUGCUGGUACGAGCUGUGCUGACGCCACGCUGAGACGUCGCCACAGCGUUUUAAUGUACUGUUGGAAGGAAGAAAAACAAACAAUUACCAGAGCUAUUCUCUACCCUUAAAGUAACAUUUAACAAGUGCGAUGUAAGAGGAUGAUAAUAAGGAGAGGAAGGAGGAGGAGGAGGACGAGGAGGAGGAAGAAGAUGAACAUUAAAGAAUAAAAAAAACAUGAAGUUACAGCCAUACCUUGAUUUCUGGGUCAGUGAGAUUGAAAUGGACUUCUCCUGCCCAGCAUGUGUAUUGUUAUAGUGUCUAUCCGUCCCUCUGUGUCUUUCCUCCCUCUUUCUGUCUUUCUUUCUUGGUCUAUCUGCUGCCAAAGCAACCAAAACAGGCAGCAAUCCUUUUGUUCCGUCUUUUCUCUCCCCUCCCUGAUUCCCCCCUCCGUCUCUCUAUGCCAUGUUUUCCAUAUUUUGGAAUGUCAAUGUGCUACUUGUUGACACUGUGCAUGAAUGAUAACAUGUCUGUAUAUAGUUAUAGAGAAUCGUAUCCCAUUCCCCUGGUGUUGACAAAAAAUGGUUUGAAUGUUGUACAGAUUCAGGUUUUCUGUUCAUCUUUUAUUCUGUUCAGUUACAUUAUUAUUAUUAUUUUUUUUUUAAUGUAUGUAGAGCUUAAAAACAGUAUGUUUUUUUUUUUUAUUUAAACAAAGACGACAACGUCUUAACGUUUUGGAGUAACUUGCACAUUACUGAUUAAUGAAUUAAGGUUUUUAUGUUAAAAAGGCAAUAUCUGCUGUUAUUGAAUGAGAGAUGAGAUCUUAAAGGAGUUAUGUAUCUUUAAAAUAAAUAAUCUAUAUGGGAGUUGCAUGGGUUAUUUGUACAAAAAAAAAAAAAAAAAAAUGACACUGCUUGCUACUUCUAAAUACCAUGGCUGUAUUCUCUGAUAGAGGGUGAGGAAUACUGUAUGUACAUCUAAAGGUUAUUUUGUCAUUAAAGAAAUAAUAAUAAUAAUAAUAUUGUGUAUAUACUGUACAGUGUUAUAAGUGAGGUGGACUAUAUGGCCAUCACGCUAACCGUAGAGAAUUAAUUCUACAUAUUUAUUUAAAGGAAACAAAAACACUCACUACACUCAAGAAUGACAUAUAUUGCCUUUUUGGGAGAAGUUGUAGUUUGCUUAAAGCUUGUUUCUCUAUCUCUGCCUCGCUCUUUCUACUCACUCAUCCUCUCUCUUCUCUCUUCUCUCCCCCUCCUCUAUCUCUCUCCCUGUCUUCUGUUACUUUCCUAUUGAAGUGGCGUUUCAGAUGGGCUUUUGUCAAUCUUUUCACUGACUCAGACAGUGUCACUUCUAUCUGACUGGCGUACGUCUGGCUGCUUAUCCCACUUGGUAUCUCCACAUCUGCUUGUGUUCGCCCGUUCUCCGUCAGGGUCUUCUUACAUGUAUAUCCAUCUAUAGUUAAGUACAAUAUAUCUGCCCGUAUCCCCAUCUGUCAUCGUCUGUCUGGUAAAUCUCUCUCUUUGUUCAUCUUUCUUUCCCUACUCCUUCUUUUUAUUGCUCCACACAACAUCUCUUUUUUUCAUCUCCACUCUUUUCCCCUCCGUCCAUCUCUCCGCUCUCACAGGGUGUAGUCGGAAAAAUUCAUGUUUGUCAAUGUUGAUUUGGUGUGUUUUUUUUUAAAAAUGGAAUAAUAACCGCAACAGUUAUAAUGUUGGUAAUAAUGAUUUUUUUUUUCUUUUAAUGCUUCGAAUUUUCUUUUGUUUUUGUUUUUUGUUUCUCUUUUUUGCCGCUGUCUUUUGUGUGUGUGUGAGUGUGUGUUAAUCUUCUUUUGUUUUGUUUUUUUUUAUUAUUAAUUUUUUGUUGAACACCAACUGAUAGGAGGAAAGUUGUUGUAUGUGUGUUGCCACUAACUGUGACUGCUCUCCAUGGUACUUCUGAUAAAACCAAUAAAAUAAAGUUUGGGAUACCCUGUUUCAGAGA